AGCAUGUCAUGUGAUGCCAUGUCAUUUGCCAAGGUGCCACAGGUUUGAUGCCAAAGCAAGGACGUGGACCAGGGACAUGGUUGUUGCCAAAGCCUGCAUGGGGUAGAGCAAUGUUCUGCUGCCAGCAUGGGGUAGAGCAAUGCACUGCUGCCAGCAUGGGGUAGAGCAAUGCACUGCUGCCAGCAUGGGGUAGAGCAAUGCACUGCUGCCAGCAUGGGUAAGAGCAAUGCACUGCUGCCAGCAUGGGUAAGAGCAAUGCACUGCUGCCAGCAUGGGUAAGAGCAAUGCACUGCUGCCAGCAUGGGUAAGAGCAAUGCACUGCUGCCAGCAUGGGUAAGAGCAAUGCACUGCUGCCAGCAUGGGUAAGAGCAAUGCACUGCUGCCAGCAUGGAAACCUGGCACGGAAUUCUAUUGCUGCACCUCUGGAGAGCUUGAAGGUUCCAAGAAGCAUCAGGGCAGUAUCGCUUUCCUUCAACCAGUUUUAUGGGAGCCUUCCAGUGUUCAUGUUCCUGUUCACUAACCUCGAGCUCUUCUGGGCUGACAACAACAGUCUCAGCGGCUCUCUCCCCGCCUCCUUCUCAGCCCUCACCAUCCUCCAAUCUCUGAACCUGGCCAACAACAGCCUCACCGGAGGACUACCUUACGCGUUCCUAGCAUCGCAACAGUGGGGCAUGCUGCAUGUCUCUUCUGGUUCCCUUGGCUCCCCCUGUCAAAGCACACAUUUGUGCAAGCGACCAACAACCGGCUCAGAGGCGUCCUCCCUGCGCUCGGCCACAUUCCGGGCUUUCUGGUCAGCUGAGGACAGCACCGUACCUGCUGCAUGCCGUUUCAUACGUCCACUGUCCACUCAACACCAUCCGAAGCCCCAGCCCGGAUGCCAACUCGCGCUUCACUUUCGCCCUCAUUCCAUGCCACACCAUGGCUCUUUUCCCAUCCGCUCUACUCCAAGUCCCUUCACUCGGGCUGCCCCGGCCAUACCGUCCUUCCUCCCUGUCUUGGCUGUUCCGCUGCCUCCCCAUUCUCCGUUUCCCCCUGGUCCUCCACCCUCCACAUCUCUUCCUCUCCCCUUUUUCCCCCCAGCGCCAGCAGCGGACCCCUUUGGCUAUGCCCCCGGCCGCUCAGCCCCCAUGUCGCCGUGGCUGGGCCUGGCGUUCCGCCCGCUCUCCCUUGCAUGGAGUGCGGAGGAGCAGGCGGGGGGGAGGGGGCAGUGGGGUGUGCAGGAGGGGGUGGUGGACUGGCGCAGUGAACGUGUGUGGUUGAGUCCACAAUCACACGUGCACGCAUCCCGAAGUAUGCAAAUGCAUGCAGCUGGUGCAUGAUCAUGCAUCCCCUUGAACCUCCCACCGACUGACCUGAGCAGUGCAGUACCAGGAGGAGCACUCCCCACUGCUGGAAGACUGAGUGACAUUCACCCGAGUGCCCUUCUUCACCACUCUGCUGCACACCUGCACGCAUGCCAUCCUAUGCCAUGCUAUGUAACUGUUGUGAUGUAUAUAUACUACAUAUUUAUAACAACAUACAUAGGUUAGAAUAGGUGUAGCUAUUUUACAUAU